AUUCAUUCGGUCAGUCGACCGUCGUACUUCGCAAUUCGCGUCGUGACACGGUGGAGAGCGUAUUGUUGGUAGAAUUAUUUAAUCGCAUUGACAACACGAUCGAUCGAUCGAUCGAUCGAUUUAUUGCCACAAGGCUUUUUCCUAAAGGAAGGAAAACGUCGGCAAUCAAUCGCGUGCGUGUUUUUGCGAUGUCGGUAGCGACCGCGAUCGCUCGAUUGGUAAAAUCACGACGUGAGCGUCGACGACGACCGUGCCACAACUACACCGCUGCGCGGGCAGCGAGCAAGAUGGCGGCCGAAUCAAAAGUCGCGCUCCGUUCGACGCUCGGCGGAUAAUGGUGGCCGGCGUCGGUGACGACGACGACGACGAAACUCGCGCUACGCUGCUCGAGAUGCCGGCCCGAUGACGCGUGCCACGAAGUGCGACGAAUAUAAUGCGCGCGAAACAACGAACGCGGAACGCCUCGUAAGGCGGCAGCGGCCAGGAAGAGUAGACUGACCAAGACGCGCCCGCCCGUCGAUAUCCGCCAGUGGCCAUCGCUGUAACCAUUUCCGCUCCCCUUCGAGUUUGAAUUUCGUAACGGUCGUAUCGGAGCAAGUGUCAAGCGUGUUCUGUCGGGCUCGUCCGAGCGCGCCUAUACGCUAUCGCGAGCGUGUGCGCGUCGUGCGGUGUCGUCCGGUUAGCUGUACGUUGCCGUACACGGCGUCUCCUCGCCUUCCGUGGUGAAACAGCUGCGGCGCCGAGACGACGGCGCACGUCACGCGUAAAGAUCGCGUAGGCAGAUCGCCGCGCGACAGUCGUCCAGCUUCGCCUAGUUGUCCACCCACACGCGCUCUGUCUCUAUCUCUAUCUGCCUCUCUCUCUUUCUCGCUCUAACCUCCCGCGUACUUGCUACGCGCCGCGUACAUCCGCGCCCGCUAAUUGAAUGCAGUCAUUUGCAUUAACGUAACGCUGAUGACAGAUCCACCUGCUGAUUGGUACCUGCUACUGCGUCGUACAUCCGCAACUGGAUCACGAUGGAGGACGCGAACGAGGUCUUGGUGUGCGCGGCUGAAUUCAUAAAAGAUCGAUUGUACUUUGUUACACUGAGAACAACAAUGAAACCAAAAAGUACUCCAAACACGCAUUACUUCAGUAUUGAUAAUGAGUUGAUAUAUGAAAAUUUUUACGCCGAUUUUGGUCCCCUGAAUCUGGCCAUGCUGUACAGAUACUGCCAAAAGGUCAACAAGAAAUUAAAGGGUAUUGCACUCAGCAAAAAGAAGCUUGUGCAUUACACAACGAUGGAUUCGGAGAAAAGAGUCAAUGCUGCAUUCCUCAUGGGAAGUUAUGCGAUAUUAUACUGUAAGCGUACAGCACAAGAGGCUUACGAGUGUUUGACUAAAAGUCCGAAUAGUCCUUCUUUCAUUAUGUUCCGUGAUGCCUCGAUUGGACCACCGUGUUAUCAAAUAUCGUUGAAGGACUGUCUAAGUGCUAUAUACAAGUGCCAUCAACUUGGUUUCUUUAAUUUCGAAGAUUUUUGUGUUAAAGAGUAUGAACACUUUGAGAGAGUUGAGAACGGAGACUUAAAUUGGAUAGUGCCUGGAAAGUUUAUUGCUUUCUGUGGUCCACACGCAAGAUCCAAAAUGGAAAACGGUUAUCCACUGCAUGGUCCAGAGUCAUAUUUUACGUAUUUCCGCCGUAAUAACGUGACAACAAUUGUACGGCUUAAUAAGAAGGUCUAUGACGCGUCAAGUUUUAUGAAUGCCGGUUUCAUUCAUAAAGAUUUGUUUUUUAUGGACGGCUCGACACCGACGGACUCGAUAAUGUAUCAAUUUCUCAAGAUAGCGGAAAAUGCGAGCGGUGCGAUUGCUGUGCAUUGUAAAGCGGGCCUCGGGAGAACUGGAUCUCUCAUAGGCUGCUACAUCAUGAAGCAUUAUCACCUGACGGCGCACGAAACGAUUGCCUGGAUAAGGAUAUGUAGGCCAGGCUCUGUAAUCGGACACCAGCAGCAGUGGCUAGAGAAGAAGGAGACGUAUCUCCGAUCGUUGCUGAAGGAGCCGCUGCAAACCGAAAACGGAAAUCCAGUUCACGAGUAUGGAAUAUACUCGAUAGCUGGCCGACCCAGGGCAGCUUCCUUCCAAGGAAGCGUGAAGAGUCUGAUGGAGGAUAACGUAUCGGGGAUAAUGCAUCGUGUAGACGAAAUAAAGUUGGACGAUCCCGGACCGGUAGCUGGGGCUAGCGCCACGCCUAGAUACAGUGCGCUGACACAAGGUGAUAAAUUGUGCAGGAUCAAAGCCAGGAGAAGAGGCAUAUCGACGACGCAGUCUCCUUUUAGUACAAGCACGGCAACAUCUACUGUUGCGCACCCAUAUUUGGGAUCUUUGUUACAAACUAGGAGCCAAAAGGGAACUAUUGCUACUCUAACGGGGAAUAAAGAGAAAGAUCCCACCAAGAGGCUCCUAUCACGGUCGACCGCAACGACAGUCGUAAAAAGAAACACUUGGUUGGUCAGCAGUAGCUGUGAUCCAUCUUCCUGCCGUAUUAGGUCUAAACCGGCAACACAGAGCCAUAACAUCAACAACAAUACAACCACCACCAAUCCCGUUACAUCUUUAACCGUAUCAAAACCAGUGAGAAGGGCGAAACGUACCUCCUGCAUGGCUGCACAGGCCCAUACUACAAACUCGUCUGCCAAUCAUUCGAUGACACAGCCGCAACAACGCAUGAAUAUGAUCCUCAGGUCGGCAGACCGAGUUGCCCGCUAUUCGCUCAGGCAUGCGCGCACAACAAAAAGUUAUAAAAGUGCAUUUAUCAGAUGACUAACCGAUAUUCCCAGUGGCGUUGGGGAGGACUGUCAGGUAACUGGAGCAUCUCACCAGUGCCGAAGAUCUCAUCGCUUAAACCCCAUCAUUCAAUAAAAAGCACUUCAUACUGAUCUUCAAUCCCCCUUCAACUCGAGCGAAUUUUGCCCAGGCUUAUAUAUAUAUCACAAGUCAACGAAGGUCAAACUAUAUCUCUAUAGUCUCAUCAACACUAUAUUAAUUUAUUAAUACUCUUUUGUCAUAUCUGCAUCAUAGGAUAUGAAUUUAUUGCAGCGAUAUCUAAUAUAUAGCUUACGCAGCUUUCUUCCAUGUAUCUUCGAAGUAUCGCGAUACGUUGAAUGUUUGCAAGAAAAGAAAAUCAGUUUCAUGUUAAUAUCAUUUUUCCACUUUAACAUUCUGCUGAUCAGAGAGAGCACUUGUAGAUAAGUAUUUCUAAAAUCAUUUUCGACCUAUGAUUUUCUGUUUUCAAUCAUUAUUUCAAUUUUGCCAAAUCGUUUAUUUAACGCUCACAUAUCCUUUCUGCGACAUUCAAUAAACGUACAUUUUAUAGUAGUGCGAUCGGAAGCUACACGCCCUUCCGUUUUUCAAUUUUAUUUGUCAAAAAAGGUUGAAGAAGCACUCAAUGAUAUCCUCUUUGCUAUUCUAAAGAAGUAAAGUCCAGCAUCAAACUAUGAUUAAUGGACAUCCUUUUUACUGUUGAAGUUCUCAAGGGCGGCCGACUUUGAGUCCCGUUGACAAUGAUCAAAAAGGAAUGUAAAUGACAAAUUCCAUAUAUGGCCUCCAAAAUUAGAAUUUGUUACAUUUUUUGUUGUAUUUAUAUUAUGCAAGUUUUUAUAUAUACACCUGUAUUAUAUAUACAGACCUUUAUUGUUACGAAAAAAUUAUUGCGAACCGGAAUUGGAUAGUUAGCAGAAAAAAAAGGAUUUAUUUAGCAUUAUCUUGAUAUGAAGAAUGUAGAAUAUUUAAAGGAACAUAAAUAUUCUGUAAUUGUCGGUUUGAAGCAAUGUUAAAGAUCUCGAGACACUGUAAUUUAUAUGGCACUUGUUGAGAAAUUACUUUUGUUGCUUUAAACCUGGACGAAGGCAUUAGGGAAAGAGACUUUUAAUCCCAAUAUAUCAACUGUGUAUAGUUUGUAUACAAUCGAUGCGAUAUGCUUUACCAUGGAUGUUACUUGAUGGAAAAUGUAUCUCUUACUAAUCUCCGUUAAAUCAUAGAAAAGAUUCGAAUGUAUUUAUACAUACCUAUACAUUUUUAUAUUUAAUCGGAAUAAUAUAAAUUACCAAAUUUUACAAAUUCGAUGUGACUGCAUAUUCUUUUUUUCUCCUAUUUUUUUUCUCUUUUUUUGCGCUAAUUAUAGCACAUUACAUGCUUGUUAAUGUAUGUAAUGUAAAUUAACAAGCAAAUGGCAAACAUAUUUGGCAACAAUUCAAUAAGAGAAUUUUAAUGUAAGAAAUAUUACAUCUUCAGGUCUUUUUGUAAGCAUAUCAUGAAGACAGUUUAUAACACACUGUAAUCACUUCUACACAAUUUUCUUGCGGUUACUUCAGCAAAACAUAUCAAUAAAUGUGAUGAAACUAUAUUAUAAAUAUAAUGCAAUUAUUAUAUACAAUCAAAUUUUUCAGAAUUUUCAUAUAAAAACAGAAAACAGAAGCGAAUACAAUUUUAACAGCAUUUUAUAUUAAAACCUUAAUAGUUCCAAAUGAUAUUUCAUCAUAUGAUUCAAAUUGGCCUGAAGAUACGACAGUGGGAUAUUGAAUGUCCUGACGUAGAACAUUGUAAAUUGUACAUAAAGACGUAAGUUGAUUAUUUGGAAUACCUUUAAGUACAAGAUUAAAAUUAAGCUGUUACUCUUACGAGUACCCAAGCUGUUCUGUAUAUAUUAAUUUACUCUUCAGUAGUCUCGCAACUUAUACUCUUCUGCAUAGCAAUAUGUUAACAGACUAUACAAUGCUUUUCUAGAGCAUUUUUUAGAGCAUUUUUUCUUUAUACCUUAGCAUAUAAAUAUAUAUUUGACUCGUUCAUUUCAAUUGCACUACUCACUUAUCAAGUGUAAAGCGAUGUUUUAAUGCAAUAUACAAAUGAAACAAUUCAAGAGAAGAAUGUUCUGAAAAUAUUAUAAAACUUUAAGUUAUAUCAUGUCGGAAUCUGUCUUAAGCAACAAGAAGGAAUUGUCAAUUUCGGAUAUCAAUAAUAGAUAAGUGGCAAUCGUAAGAGUAACUAAUGUACUUGUUGUUUAUGAAUGCUGUCGCAAUAUAUCCAAGAUCUAUAUACAUACAUACAUACAUAUAUAUAUAAAAAUUAUUAUUUUUUAUGAAGUUGGUAUAUGUAUAUGUAUAGUAUAAUUAAAGAGGUAUAUAUAUGUCAAUAGUAGUUUUAGAAUACAGAGUUUUUAACUAACUUCAACUGAAUCUAAUUUAUAUAUAUUAUAUAUUAUAUAUAUAUAUAGAUGCUUUUACAUAUUAAUAUGUAGUUAUAUAUUAGCUGUGUAUUCAUUUAAAACGAAUAUAGAAGUCAUAGCUUUUUUCUAAGUACAGUGUUUAAGAACAAAUGUUAUUAAAAAAUGUGAUGUUUAGGAAAUUAUAGUCAAUAUGUCAUUAGGUUUCAAGAAGUAGAAUUUAUAGUAGAGCGAUUAUUUAUUUUCGCGAAUGAGUGCACCAUUUAAAUUAUAAAACUGCAGCAACUCUCUGCGCAAUUCCGGUAUCUGACGAAGUAUUGUGGAUUACGUAUAGCAUUUCUCGUCGUUGUAAUGUUUAAUUGUAAUAUUACGUGCUACGAAACAAUUAUUAUUUCAAGACGGUGACAAUUAUGUCUUAUUAUCAUUAAAACAAAUCUAUUUGAAAAUGUAUAUAAGAAUUAUGUAAUUGCUAACUUGUAGUAAUCAUUGCAACGCGCAGUGUAAUAUUACAAAUGCAAGAAUUACCAUAAAUAUCGAUCGACUCUUAAAGGAAAGAAUGUCCUAGAGCAAAACACAUUUCUACUCGUUGAGAAAAUGACAAUUGAUGUAACAUUAGAAAACGUAACAUUAGAACGUAAACUAUUGAAAGAGUAUUAUUUAACAUUGUAUAUUUACACACUCUUUAUAAACUUUUUUUAUAAUUACGAACUAUUAAAUGUGCUUUAUACAUAUAAAUCACCCAGUGAACUUUAUAUUGCGUUAUACACUCAAUAAAGAAUAUGUAUUUUA